GAUGAACUAGCUUGUGAUUCUGGAAUGUGUGAUGGACAUUACAAAUGUCGUAUGACUUAUGAAUGCAUUCCAUUCAACCAGCUCUGUGACGGAAUUCGCCAUUGUCGUCGCGGUGACGAUGAAUUUAACUGCAACCCUCGCUGUCCAGCAAACUGCAGAUGUCGCGGCAUGACCUUCAAAUGUGAAAGUCAUUCCGACAUCAUCCCAAUCAAUACUAUUCAUUCCGAUGCUCGAUGGAUUGAUCUGAAAACCAACAUGUCUGAUAUGCGUCCUCAUAACCCGAUCGAUUUCCGAUUUCUUACAACGCUGCUGUUACAGGGAUGUUCUAUUCGUGAACUGCUAGUGGAUGGACAGUCAGUUUUCGGGAACAUUCGUGCGUUGCGACACCUUGAUCUAUCGUCUAAUCAUAUCGAAAAAUUGCCUAAAAAAACUUUUAUAAAAACAAAUCUGAAAACGCUCGUUCUUAGCAACAACCCAUUGUCCCACAUCGAUAGCGAUUUUUUUCAUGGAUUCGCUUCUUUAAAUAAUCUUCAAAUGACCAAUACAUCGCUUAAGAUCCUGGAAACUGGAAAUCCCCUACAGUCUAUAUUUAGACAUUUAACUGACCUAGAGUAUUUGGAUCUUUCCUUCAAUCUGAUAGAGAAUAUCCCUGGAAAAGUAUUUACAGAUCUACUUUCCUUGAAAUAUCUAAACCUUAGUCAUAAUCCUGUUUCAUUUGUUGACCUCUCGGCUUUUAGUGGGUUGCAUUUUCUGCGAGAUCUAAGAUUAACACAUACAAAGAUACAAGAAAUCCACACGGGUGUUUUCGAUGACGUGUCGUCAUUAAUUUAUCUGAAUAUAAGUGCAGGUGAUAUCAGAAAUAUUCAAAAUGAUGUGUUUUUAAAUCUUGGAAGAUUGCAAGCUCUGGAUAUUCAACAAAAUUUACUUGAGAUACACGAAUUGAUGUUUAAAGGUCUUGACGGUCUAACAUACCUGUAUGCGGACUCGUAUAAAAUGUGUUGUAUCAGACCAGAAUCGGUUGCCAGUGAAAACUGUUUCGCACUCCAAGAAUCCAUAUCGUCGUGUUCUAACCUUGUAGGUCUUGGUAUACUGAGGGUGUGUCUCUGGGUUAUCGGUAUAACAGCAUUGUUAUUGACAAGAAGCAUAUAA